AAUGGUGUGUAUAUAGUGGGAAUUAAUCAGAAAAAUAUGCAAAUUUAUGUAUUAUACUUAUUUUGAGUCUUUGAAAGAGUCUGAGAGGAAGAAGACACUUAACGGAGGAAGAUUCAUUAGCUUGUCAGAGUGAGACAGGAUCUGACUACUGGGAUCCAGAAUUAGGUCAUAAUCCUGUCUGUAGGCCUCUUGUAAGUGACUGCCUGAGACCUUCAGUAAGGAACACAGAUCUCAAUUAGUCUGACAGAUCCACAAUGCCUUGCUCUCCCUUCCGAAUCAGGAGGCCAAAGAAGUUCUGGAAACAGGAUGGAGGAGAGCCCUGCUUUUCUAACACACUAGAUCCUUCACUGGUCCAGCCCUCACUGCCUCACACCAGUCCUGCGUUCCUCAAGACACCUGAUUUAUUUGAAAUGAUUGAGAAAAUGCAGAGCAACAGAAUGGACGAGCAACGAUGCACUCUUCCUCCUCCUCUCAAAACCGAGGAAGACUACAUCCCUUACCCCAGCGUCCAUGAGGUUCUUGGCAGAAAGAGUCCAUUUCCCUUGAUUCUGCUGCCCCAGUUUGGGGGUUAUUGGAUUGAAGGGACCAAUCAUGAGCUAAGCAAUGGGACUGAUCUGGACCAGCUUCUGUCUCCCAAUUCACGCUUCAAACUGGAGUGCAACACUACCGCUAAGAUCUACAGGAAGCAUUUUCUGGGAAAAGAACACUUUAAUUACUAUACAGUGGACAGUGCCCUGGGCCACCUGGUAUUCUCCAUGAAAUAUGAUGUUAUCGGGGACCAAGAGCAUCUCCGCCUCAUGCUCAGAACUAAAAUGAAAACAUAUCACGACGUGAUUCCAAUAUCUUGUUUGACCGAAUUCCCCAACAUUGUCCAGAUGGCCAAGCUCGUCUGUGAAGAGGUGAACGUGGACCGAUUUUUCCCUGUGCUUUACCCAAAGGCCUCCAGGCUCAUUGUCACUUUCGACGAACAUGUCAUAAGCAACAACUUCAAGUUUGGAGUCAUUUAUCAGAAGUUUGGACAGACCUCAGAGGAGGAGUUGUUUGGGAAUAACGAGGAGAGUCCUGCUUUUGUGGAGUUUUUAGAGUUUCUGGGACAGAAAAUCGAGCUCCAUGACUUCAAAGGUUUUCGUGGAGGACUGGAUGUGACACAUGGUCAGACAGGCUCUGAAUCUGUGUACCACAAUUUCCACAACAAGGAGAUCAUGUUCCAUGUGUCAACUAAGCUGCCUUACACAGAGGGUGAUACACAGCAGCUACAAAAGAAGAGGCAUAUAGGAAAUGACAUUGUGGCCAUCGUGUUUCAAGAAGAGAACACUCCAUUUGUGCCAGACAUGAUUGCCUCCAACUUCCUUCAUGCCUACAUAGUGGUGCAAGUUGAAAAUGCCUGUUCUGACAACGUCCUGUACAAGGUUUCAGUAACAGCGAGAGACGACGUUCCAUUCUUCGGACCAUCCCUCCCCAACCCAGCCAUUUUUAAGAAAGGCCCAGAGUUUCAUGAAUUCUUGCUUACCAAGCUGAUCAAUGCCGAAUACUCUUGUUACAAAGCUGAAAAAUUUGCCAAAUUAGAGGAGCGUACCCGCUCUGCUUUGCUGGAGACGCUGUACGAGGAGCUGCACAUCAACAGUCAGGCGAUGAUGGGAAUGGGAGGAGAGGAGGACAAACUGGAGAAUGGAGGAGGGGGAGGGGGCUUCUUUGAGUCUUUCAAGCGGGUGAUCCGCAGCAGGAGCCAGUCUCUGGACACCAUGGGCCUCAAUAUCAGGAAGUACACAGUCUCCAAUAGUCACAGCGGCAGUUUCACCCACAACAACAACAGCAACCACUCACCAGAGUCCCCCAAACCCCCUGGGAUAUCAUUGCUUGUCCCAGGCAAAAGCCCAAGUAAAUAUGGACGUCGUGGCAGUGCCAUAGGAAUAGGAACCAUAGAAGAGUCUUUGAUCAUUCCUGGAAAAAGCCCAACUAGGAAAAAGUCAGGACCCUUCAGCUCUCGACGUAGCAGUGCUAUCGGCAUUGAGAACAUCCAGGAGGUUCAGGAGAAGAGAAUUGCUGCUCUGUUGUCAGAGGACAGGACAGUGCUCUGUCUUUCUCUACCCAGCGUCACUCUCAAGAAUGGGAGGCUCGUCGUGGAUCCUUCCAACAGUAGAGAGUGCUCUCCCAGCACACAGAAGACGCCUGAUAGUGGCCACGCCUCCCAGGAACCCAAGUCUGAAAACUCCUCCAAUCAGAGCUCUCCUGAGGUUCUCAUCACCAAGAACAGCUCAAGCAUGUACUGCCGGGCUCCCUCCAUUCCUGAGGCUCGUGACCUGUCCCGCUCCUCAUCUAACGCCAGCAGCUUUGCUAGUGUGGUAGAGGAAAAUGAAACAGAGGCCACAGAGGACUACGACACUGGCAUGGAGAGUCUGUCGUCAGCAGAUACUCCUCAUAAAAGAGACUCGUUCACAUACAGCACAUGGCUGGAGGACAACAUGAGCACUACCGGUACAACCAGCCGGGGGAGCUCUCCUGCUCCUGGCAGAACGGAUGGUGGAAAGAACCAGGAGCAGAACCGUACAGACAUCCGCAUCAAACUUGAGCGACCAAAUGACCACAAGUCCUCAUCUAACUGCUAGCUCCUCCUGCUUGACUGCCUCAUGGACAUCCAUCAGCAGAAACACCCUAGAGAGAAAACGAGAUCUUGAUGAAGAAGAGGGCGACGACAACGGUUGGCUGCAGAAGUGACAACAUGUACAUGACCCAGAACCACAAUCAUGUGACCAUAUCUCCAUCAGGACACUGAAUUCCUUCGCAGACUUGACCAGAAACAGGAAGGAGUUGGUUACAGGCAGCCAGAGACUGCAUUGGCCCUCCUUCCAACUUGUCCUUCACCCUCCUUGUGAGUACAUCAGUAAAUGAAUGAGAACCUCCUCUGUAGCAGUGUGUACUGACAGGCCACUGUGCUGGUGAGUGGCUAAACUAGCAGGUUAAUUGAGGUCCUAACACUGUGCUGAAAUUCAAUUCUGUGAAGUUUGUCUCCUAAAGAACAUUUCAUCUGCUUGCACGGCAAAAGCUUUUUCAGCUGUCCCAAUUAGUGGACUCUGCAACAGGGAUAGCGCAUGUUUCUGAAACCUUAAAUGACAAAGGUACAUGGUAUGACUUCACUGUACAGUACACAUCAAAUGUGCUAUUUGGCAAAGGGCUGUAGAGACCAAACCAUUUAUCAUAUUCUGAUACUGAUGUUCUGUCAUUAUGAUUUCAGGAGUGAAAACCUUUAAUCUGAUAUUUGUUGCAGCAUUGCAGUACGUCCUUUGGCAUUAUUUAAGAGUAACAGCACUCAAAAACUUUUCUUGCAAAGAAAAAAUUCGCCAAUAUUAAAAUGUUAUACUAUUUUGAACAGAAAUUACAAAAUAAACAUUUUAAAUGCUACAAGUGAAUUAUAAUGCACAUGUUGAUUGUUUAUCUGUUUGCCACUCAAGCAGCUCAUGAUCAGGGCUGCAAGGUCUCGAGUUUUGUUUCUUAUAGUGACUCUUUUUUUUUUUCCCGAAGGACUUUUUUUUUUUCAAACUGUAUAGAAAUCCCUAGUGGAGAUCCUUUUCCUUAUGUUGACUCAUUUGGCUCUUCUUUGCUUUGUGUUUGAAUGUACAGAUGGUUUGAUGUCUGAACUGUGUGCCAAGGUGACAGUCCUCUUUUAAAAACUCAGUCUAGACAGGAGUUUUGAGUUAAAACAAAUCUGCUGUUGCUAAUCUAUAAACCAGUCAUCAAUGCCAAAAAUCAUUAAUUGUGAUGUUUGCUCUUUGUUAACGCCAAAAAGCAUUGAAUGGAGCUUAAAUAUGGAGGAGUGGUUUGAGGAUGCCUUACUGAAAGUGUCAAAAUAUAUGAAGGGAAAAGCUUAGCAGAUUUUUUUGUUAUCUAUAUAUGAUAAAUGAUUGGCCUUAGUGGCUUCAAUUAAACUAGUCCUCAUUGCUGAUUCAUGUUUGUUUUAUACAUUUCCCAUAACUGAUCCGUCCUCAUGAUAAACUCAGAC